CAGAGAAUCAGUUCACUCAGCGACUUUAGCGUGUCGAGAACGCACAGAGAAACGAUUUCGAACACACACAAAAACCGUAUUGAAACCAAAAAGAUUCGAAACCCACAAGAGAAAUAUUCGAAAUCGCGAAAUUCCAAAAACCAAAAACCGAAUAUUUUUCCAAAAACCGAAUUUUUUCCAAGUGACCAACCGUAAAGUGAAGUGAAAAAAAGCAAAAAAACACAAAGAAAAUUAUAAACACAAACUCCAAGGAUUACGACAUUCGGAUACAAGAUGCAUCUGCCAGCGGGUCCAACGAUGGUGGCCAACAACACACAAGUACUGGCCGCCGCCGCAGCAGCUGCAGCAGCCGCAGCAGCCGCCGCAGCAGUGGCACAGGGCCCACAAGUGCCCCAAAUGCCCCAAAUGCCCGCGAAUGCCGUCCAAACGAACCUGGCCAACACCAGCACCCAUUCGGCCAGCAGCACGGGCAGCUCGACACCGGAUCUCAGUACAAACAAUAACACCAGCUCGAGCAGCAAUGCCACCACCAGUCCGCCGAACUCCGCCAAGAUGCCCAGCUCGAUGACCGAUAUGUUCGCCAGUCUGCACGAGAUGCUGCAGGAAUACCAUGGGGAGUUGGCACAGACGGGAUCCCCCUCGAUCCUGUGCAGCGCAUUGCCCAACCAUUGGCGAUCCAACAAGUCCCUGCCCGGCGCCUUCAAGGUGAUCGCUUUGGAUGAUGUGCCCGAUGGCACCCUCGUAUCGAUCAAGUGCGGCAACGAUGAGAACUACUGCGGCGAGCUGAGAAACUGCACCACGACCAUGAAGAACCAGGUGGCCAAGUUCAAUGAUCUGCGAUUUGUGGGCAGGUCGGGACGCGGCAAGUCCUUCACCCUGACCAUCACCAUCGCCACAUAUCCCGUGCAGAUCGCCAGCUACAGCAAGGCCAUCAAGGUGACCGUCGAUGGGCCACGGGAGCCAAGAAGUAAGCAAAGCUAUGGCUAUCCCCAUCCCGGCGCCUUCAACCCCUUCAUGCUGAAUCCCGCUUGGCUGGAUGCGGCGUACAUGACCUACGGCUACGCGGACUACUUCCGCCAUCAGGCAGCCGCCCAGGCAGCCCAGGUGCAUCAUCCUGCUUUGGCCAAGUCGUCGGCCUCCUCCGUCUCGCCCAAUCCCAAUCCGCAGGCCACCAGCUCCUCGUCGGCCGUCCAGCAGUCCGGUGAAUAUCCCCAUCCGCAUCCGGCGGCAGCAGCAGCAGCGGCAGCGGCGGCGGGUCAACCGGCGGCCAUGAUGCCAUCGCCACCGGGAGCGGCUCCGGCCACGCCCUAUGCCAUGCCCCAGUUCCCGUUCAACCAUGUGGCAGCCGCAGCCGCCGCCAAGGCCGCCACGCCCCACGCCUUCCAUCCGUACAACUUUGCGGCGGCGGCGGGUCUGCGGGCAAGGAAUGCGGCACUGCAUCACCAGGGCCAGGAGCAGCCCCAUGUCAGCCCCGCCUCCUCGCGGCCGUCCAGCUCCUCGCCCACCCAACAGCAUGUGCUGCUCAAGCUGAACACCUCGAUCGAGACCAGCUCGAUCCACGAACAGUCCGCCUCCGACGGCGACUCGGAUGACGAGCAGAUCGAUGUGGUCAAGUCGGAGUUCGAUCUGGACAAGAGCCUGGACGUGGCGCCCCUCCGCAUGCGCUGCGACCUCAAGGCGCCCUCGGCCAUGAAGCCGCUCUACCAUGAGAGUGGACCCGGUGGUCCCAUCGCCGGCAAUCUUCGCCAGCCGUCGCCAGAGACGACCACCAAGAUCAAGAGCGCCGCCGUUCAGCAGAAGACCGUGUGGCGGCCCUACUGAACUGCCACGGAUCCCAAGGGGAAAUCUUUGGAAAAGCAUAAAGAAAAUGAAAAUGAAAAACAAAGUGAUAAAACAGCGGCGGCGCAGAGCGGCAAGCGGGCAAAAAUUAUAAUUGUGAUAUAGUGUUAUAAGUUACGACGCCUCCGGCCGGCAAACGGAGCAGCCUCAUCAGUGGGAUUAAAGGAUAUUCAUCAUCAUCAUCAUCAUUACCAUCUUCAGCAGCAGCAGCAGCAGCAGCGGCAAAAAAGGAUAAAGGACCCCCCUCCUGAACUUCAGACUCCGGCGAAGUUUUAUGCUCGGAUUCAUAAAAUCGUGCGACGAGUUCGAAAGCCAGGCCCUCGAUUUUCACCAGGAUUUUCUACAAAUCCCAGACGAAAAGAAAAAAAAAAACUUAACUCAACCCAAAAAGAAAAUACCAAGAAAACCAACUUUAGUUCAAUUUUAUUUCACAAACACAAAACAUUUUGUACAUAGCUAACUAGUUGUAACACUCUCUAUUUCUUAUUUUUUUUUGAGAAACCUAUUUUUUUCGAUGGAUAAUAUGCGAAUUUAGCUAUUUUUAAUCUUUAUGUUUAACUAGUCGUCUAAGUGAGAAAUCAAUUUUUUUGUCUAGCCGUAAGUUUUAGCGCGAAAAGAAAUCUAACACAAAAAUCGAAUUUGAAACAAAACCAAAUAAAAAACAAAAAUGACACACGAA